AUGCCGCCACCUCAAGGAGCCUGGAAUCCAAUCGAAGGGCCCGGCGACUACACCACUACCAAGAUCAUCCACAAUGAUACUUACCCUGCCAUAGACCCGACGAAAGCAGACCAUACCGGGCAUGCAGUCUUCGUAUCCGGCGCCUCUAGAGGCAUCGGUCGUGCCUUAGCCAUCGCUUAUGCUCGAGCCGGAGCCAGCCACAUAGCCAUCGGCGCGCGCUCCGACCUGACAGAGGUUGCCGCAACGCUCAAGAAGGCGGCUCGUGAGGCUGGGAGGCCGGAGCCAGAGGUCUUGACCAUCGAGCUGGACGUCACAAGUCAGGCUUCCGUGGAAGACGCGGCGAAGCAAAUGGAUACCCAGUUCGGAAACCUCGACAUCGCCAUCAACAAUGCUGGCAUUCUCGACGAGAUGAAGUACAUCGCCGAUACUUCACCUGACGCUUGGUGGCGCACGUACGAAGUCAACGUCCGGGGACCGUAUUUGAUCAGCCGAUCGUGCAUCCCACUGCUUCUCAAAGGCCAACAGAAGACGCUCAUAACCGUUUCGAGCGUCGGCGCGCAUGUCGUGAUGCCCGGCCUCUCCGCAUACCAACCGAGUAAAUUGGCUGUCCUGCGCCUCAUGGAGUUCGCAGCCGCCGAGUAUAAGGAUCAGGGCUUGGUGGCAUUCGCAGUCCAUCCAGGCAAUAUCCUGACAGACAUCGUCGACGGCGGAGAAGGCAUGGACGAACAGUUCAAAGCUGUCUUCACCGAGACUGUCGAGCUGUGCGCGGACAGCUUGGUGUACUUGACGGACGAGAAGCGCGAGUGGCUGAGUGGGCGGUACAUCAAUUGCACCUGGGAUCUGCCCGAGUUGACUAGCAGCCCAAAGAAGGGACCAAAUCAUAGAGCAAGACCUGCUGAAAGUGAGGCUGGCUCUGUAGUGUAG